CUUGAUCUAUCACCACGUGGGCACAGCUAGAGAAGGCAUUUCUUGACAAAUAUUUUCCACCCGCUAAAGCCAUGAAAGCCCAAAAGGAGAUUGUAGACUUUGUACAAGCCGACGAUGAAAGCCUAAGUGAAGCUUGGGAGCGAUACAAAGAGCUUUUGCUGAAGUGCCCAAGCCACAACCUCGAGGAGUGGAAUGUGAUCACCAUUUUCUUUGAUGGGAUUAGAAGAGAGUUCAGGCAAGCUUUGAACACGGCAUCCGGUGGAGGAUUUACUUCUAUGGAGCCCGGAGCCGCCUAUGACCUCAUAGAGAACAUGUGCUUCGAUGCUAAUGAAUGGGGUGGAGAAAAGAGAUCACGAAGGAGAGGAGGUAUGCAUGAAGUCAAGAAAUUCACCGGCUUGGAAGCACGAAUCGAAGCCAAGUUGGAUGCCAAAUUCGAUGCACUUGAACGGAGAGUGGCCAACCUCUCUCUCGUUUCCGCUGACCAAAAUAUUUCUUGUGAGUUGUGUGCAAGUGCUCAUCAUUGAGAACAAUGCCCCAUAGGAGCUAUCCAAUUGGAGGAAGUUCAAUUUAUCAAUAAUCAAAGAAACCAAGGCGAUGCCUACUCCAACACCUACAACCCGGGAUGAUGCAAACAUCCAAACUUUUCAUGGUCAAAUAACAACACCACUGGAAUUCGUCCCAACAACCCACCAUCGGGGUUUCAACCUCAACAACCUCGAGAGGAGAAGAAGUCGAAUCUUGAAGAAUUGAUUCUUGCCUACUUGCAGAAAACAGACAACAAUAUGAAGGGGUUAGAUAAAUUUAUGACACAUACAAGCACCCACAUUCAACAACAAUUGGCCCUCAACAAUAAUGUGCAAUCAUCCAUUUUGGCAAUGGAGCGACAAAUGGGUCAAAUGGCUCAAACAUUGGCGGACAUUCAAGGUCGCAUCCCGGGUACUCUCUCCGCAAACACGGAGAGGAAUCCAAGGGAUGCCAAGGUGGUAGACGUCACCUUAAGAAGCAGGGCGGAGUUAGAAGAUCCAAAUGAAAAGAAGCAAUCAGG